AAUCAAAAAUUAUCAAAGCUUAUUUGAAGACAUGGCCUCCUAUUUUAUCCUCGCUGUUCUGAUUGCUGUGACUGCUGCUGCUAGUUACAACAAACCAAAUUUCGUGAAGGAUUUGCCAGAUAACAUGCAAAAGUCCUAUGCUACAAUUGUACGCAAUUCCCAGCUGACAAAACUUCAAAAGGAUGAGCAGCUUCAACAGUGGGCUCAGACCAAUAAUCUUUCGGAUCAGUACACUGCAUAUACCAAGAAACAACAGGAUAAUGAGAAUUUCAUGAGCAAAAACACAACACAAAUCAUCUCCCAACUAUCUUCAGUUCAAGCUCAACUUGAAGCGAUUUUGAGCAACAAAAAUCUCACUCGCGAUCAGGAGGAAGAAGCCAUCGACUCACUUGAGGAGCAAUACUGGCAAGAGGUUCCAGUUCUGCUUUUCAUCAGAAAAAUGUGGAAGAAAGCUAUGGGAAUGAAGGUUUAGAGGCUUAGAAGCUAAGCACCUAAAAUUUUAAUUUAUUUGCGAUUAAUAAAUUUUUAUACGACU